UAGAAACGUGCUUUUGUUUGCAAGAACUUAAAUUGCUUAUAUUUAGUUUAUUAGUACUAUAAAAAUGCCACAAGGUAAAUUUAAAAAAGCCAAAUUACCUGCUGCCAUACAGAACAAGAAGAAGCAGCAGAAACAAGCAGCCUUUACACGCAGAGCAAAUGCUCCUAUACAAGCCAAGAAGGGAAAAUUUAACGAGACCCAGAAAAUCAAGGCGGUCAUUUCCAAAUCUGUUAACAAAAGUGUCGAAAGCGAGCUGCGUUCGCGUGCACACGAAGGAUACAUACAGCUAAGCAAAGCCCAAGAAGCGGUCGCCAAGCAUCAUUCGACGCAGGCCGCAGCCGCGGCAGCGGCAGCGACAGCCGCCAGCAUGGACAAAGCGCGGGAAUAGUCUUAUAUGAAAAACAGCUCUCACAAUUGGUUGGCAUUAUUCUUUUCGGUUAACCCAACCAUUUAAAUCCCGAACACAAAACAUUUCAUUAACUAAAUUAAAUAAAACCGGGAUAACCCACAAACAGUCAAACGGAUUUUGUUGGUAUGUGUUUUUAUAUUAAAAGCGCCAUUUUAAAUGCUAUUUCAUAUUAUGCACUUAAUCCAAUUGUUGAGGCGUGUAAAAACGUCACGUUAUCAAGUUGAACAAUAAUAAUAAAAAAAUAUAAUAAUAAUAAUAAUAACCGACAAGGUAAUUAGUAAGUUUAUAAUUUAAUAUAAACUGCUCAUUUGUGAAUUUAAUUAAUGUUUAUAUGCGCGUGUCAAAGUGGAUUAAGGUCUAAUUUAAUAACUGACUAGUGAAAUUGUGGAAAAAAUCAUCAUGUAUUUUAUAUAAAUUCAAUAAACAAAAGCAUUAUAAACAAUUAGAAACAGCGACAGCGAUAAACUAAAAAGCGUUGAAAUGUAGCUGCUAAUGCACUUUUCCUGCCCUGCCCUGACACGAACUGCACACAACUGUUGACUGUCAGGGAUUGGAUGGCUGGCUGCAUAUGAUAUGUUAUGGAUACUUAGAGCGUCCAACAUUUGUUGACACAUGCUGAUGAUGAUACUCGGGGUAAACCACAGCAGCUACAACAAGUCACAAGAACGCCCACAGAUGUCAUUGAGAGCCGACUACUUUAAGGAGCUGUCAAUUUCUUAGGAUAUUACUAAGGAUAAUGCAUCCCUUGAAUGUAAUUUAUGCAUGUCAGCGCUGAAGUGGAUAUGUUAUGCCUUGAGCCGCAUCCACGCCUGCGCACAGCUGUGGCCGCGUGGCUGGCUUGUAACCUUAGACAACUCCCAAUGCUCAGAGAAGGCUGUGCCUGGUCGGCCAUGCCAAAUGCCAAGUUAAUCAUAUUGUUGACUGCAACUGAAACUAAUUACAAAUCAAUUUGUAUCAGCCCCGCUUAAGAAACGAAACCAAAGCAAAGCAAUUCCCCACAGGAAAUGAAUGCGGCCUGGUCUGGCCACAACCACCUGCCGUUUUAUGUGGUCGCCACAUUGACAAGUCUAUUUAAUGUUAUAGUAUGUGUGUUAUAGUAUAUAUAGAAUACUACUAAUUUAAAGUGUAAUUUCAAACAGCAAAUGGAACCUAUGCGCCAUAAAUCAGCGAGACGACUUUGAGGCGCAGUAACAUAAUAAACUCACAAACAGAGAAGUAUCCAUUUGAAGUGCGAUUUUUAUGUGCCUCCAAGUUGUAAAAAAUGUCAGGAUUGAGUCGAUGUUUGUUCACACCAAAAUCAGCUCAUACCCGGCAAUCAAUAGAUGGCUUGGCAACAUGGUAUGCUGCUCUGCAAACAUAGGACAGACUACAAUUGGCAUUCUCCAGGAGGAGUUUCUUUCGCCUUUGCUAUAAAACCCAGUUCUCAAUUGUGGAUGCAGGAUUAUUGCAGGACAAGCUGGCUCUCAUGAUAACGGCUAAAUUUUUACCCACAAUCUGUGAAACGCUUGGACUCUGCUCUCGGCUGUAUCCUGCAGUAGGCACAGGAAAUUGGUCUGUGCGUCAAUUCACAAAAGACCAAACUGAUUUUCUUUACAAGAAGAUAUGAAGUACUCUAAUUGAAAACGUGGACUCAAAACAUUUUUAGAAGACAAACGCUGUGGAAAGAAUGAGGAAGAUAAUACGGCUCCUUUUGCAUCAGAGGGAGUUUUGUUAGGAGUUUUACCUUCACAUUCAUUCAGAUUCAUUAAAAACUGACAAAUGGCUGCCUGCCUUUAUGUAAUAGGAUCUGCAUAUUGGAUCUGGCUUUAUUAUACAUUUAUCUCAUUCAUAUGCAACUAAAAGGUCAAACUCCACGAGUUGCAACUCCCUCAGCCAAAUAUUCCAGGCAACAGCCGGAUAGGUGAUAACUGUAUGUAGCCUGCGAGCGGAAACCCCCCUUGAGGAGGAACGAGCUCUUCAUUUACCGGGUCGAAAACGGAAGAUGGAACAGGGGCCGGCGUCUUUUCGAAGGAGCUGGCAACAUAACUAGCUUACCGUCUACUGAGCUAGUGUAGUCUUUUAAGCAGAGAUCUAUUGUGUCUCGUAAGCAGCAAAACUCAUCAGCCCUCUUGGGGAGAUCCCAAGGACAUAUCAUUAUCAUCAUCAAUCAUAUCACACUGACAAAAGCAAACUCUUUCAGAACACAUAUUUCAAACCAAGUUUAACCAUGCUCAAUCACUAUAGCUUGGGAUCCUUGCCUUUCCGAGCUGGCGGACGAAUGGCGGACGAGAUGGCGGACGAGAUGGCGGACGAAUGCGUUAUUAUUGGAUUGGAUUGUCAACGGAACUUAUAGCCGAUAUCUACAGACUCGAAAAGUAAACUUUUUAUAGACUAACAAAGGGACAGUGUGCCUCUGAGCCUAACUGUUAAAUAUCGUUUCAACACAGGUCAAAACAUAAUGUUUAGUGGACAUCCACUUGCACUUUAAUAAUAACAGGAUAAGGAUAAUGGUAGUUUUAUCGGGUCCCUGGGCCAUAUUCCGUAUAAAACAAAGACUGUCAGUUCCCAUUCUUUACUUCUUCCGAUACUAGAGAAGAUGAAGAGAAGACGGUAUUAAAAUUCUAACAUGUGAGUGUCCUGCAUUUGUAAAAAAAGGAGGAUUGAGAGUAGAAAUGAGUGAAAUAGGUGGAUGUUGGUUGACAGGAAUUUCUUAUUACUUGCUCAAGGGUUCAAAUAUUGUAGGAUGUAAAGAGUUUAACUUCAAGCUUAAAUAAUAUCUAAGGGAAGACUACUACCUUAGCUUCAAAUUAAUCUUAAGAGAAGUUUCAUUUUAAUAAAUAGACGAGAAUUCAAUUUCAUAAACCAUUCAAUAUAUAUAUUUUUGUAAGUUUCAUAAUCAUUUUCACUUUAUCGGCUUGGAAUUAUGCCUUUGAUAUUCCUAAAAGAUAAAAUGUUCUAAAAUUUGAUUGAUAUACGCACAUUUCAAAGGCCUACCAUUUAUAACAGUUUAUAUAAUCUUAUAUUAUAUACGUGUUGAAAUUCUCAGGCUGCUACCAAUUGAAUAAAAUAGCUUGCUCAACUUUCACCUCAAAAAUGCUCCCUUGCCUUUAUUGGCACUUAAGUUUUAGGAAUCCUUUUCUCAGCAUUACGACGCAAAUAAGCACUUCAGCUUCACUGCCUGGCCAUUGUGCCCGGAGGACUGAAGGCAUUUGUCUUCUAAUUAUGAUUUCAAUAGGUUGUGCAAAAUCAAAGAAGGCGUAAUUCGCUCUCACCAGUCCGUCAAGGAGCGAAGAGCGUCUUAUAAACAAUACCAAAGUCCCUUUAAGGCGGCAAAUCAAAUCAAAGAAAUAACAAACAGCCAAAAAAUAAUAAUAAAUAAAAAGGAGUACAAAAUCUGGCCCUGAAACUACAAAAAAUAUGUGUAUCUGUGAGUGUAUUGUGUGUGGACAUAUGUAUGUAUGCCAUUGUUGACAGGCUCAGACCGCAGACAAAAGGAGUUCUCUUUUUGUGUUAGCCCACAAAAGAAGCGGAAAAAGCGAUCAAAGAGGCAAAGAGCUGCUAAAAAAAACAACAACAACAACAAUAAAUAAUUGAAAGAAAGAACGCUGAACUCAGCGCCUUGUUCUUGAACAAAACGCGAGGCAUCAACACACAUCCCCUUGUGCCCAGCGUGCACAUACUACAUGUGUGUUUGCGGAUUCAGUUUGUGGCCAGCUUAGGAUCGUACUCAUCACCAUCAUCUGCUUUGGUUGCGAGGACGAGACGGUGUCUUAAGCGCUUUAAGUGAAAUUAAAACAUUUCACACAGCAGGCGAGCGCCUUUAGUUGGCUACUUGUUAUGCAAACAUUGCCACAGAUUUUCAUAUUUAUUUUUGUAAAAUACACUGGUAAAAUUUGUUGGUGUUAUUUAAACCAAAUUGAAACUAGAGCUGUGCAUAAGAAAGAAAUUCCGAACACCUACCUGCCCACCCCGUAACAGACUCUUAUCCAGUCCCGUUCCGACGUUUUCUUUAGAUUUAUCCCGUUCCCAACCGAAAUUUCUUUCUCCUUAUGCGUUGUU